AAACUUCUAAAUUCUAUUGAGUACAGACCUAGAGCAUUCCUCAUAUGAUAACCCUUUCAUUCCCAGAAUCAUCCUUGUGGACCUCCUCUGAACCUUCUCCAAUGUCAGCACAUCUUUUCUUAGAUGAGGAGCCCAAAAAUCUUCACAGUACUCAAAGUGAGACCUCACUAGUGCCUUAUAAAGCCUCAGCAUCAAAUUCCUGCUCUUACAUUCUAGACCUCUUGAAAUGAUUGCUAACAUUGCAUUUGCUUUUCGCACUGCCAAAUCUACCUGCAAGUUAACCUUUAGGUUGUUCUACAUAAAGACUCCUAAGACCCUUUGCCUCUCAGAUUUUAGGAUUUUCUCCCCUUUUGGAAAAUAGUCUGCACAUUAAUUUCUACUAUCAAAGUGCAUGACUAUGCAUUUUCCAGCAUGGUAUUUUGUUUGCCACUUUCUUGCCCAUUCUCUUAAUACGUGAUGCUGAGGCAGACAUAGAAGAAGGUGACUUGCCUGCCCUGAUGGAAACAGACGACGAUGAGAUGACACCCCAGUCUCCCACCACCCCAACCUCAACUCAGCCUAACACACUAUCAUCAGUGUGCUCGCUGUCUUCCCGAUUUAGCUAUUAGAUGAGGAGCCCUUAUGACAAAUAUGAGCUGGGCCUUUUUAACACGUCUUCUUGAAGAAAUACACAACCAUUCUACCUUUGUUGGCAAAGUAUGGCUGACAGUGCUGAUAAUAUUCCGCAUUGUGCUGACUGCAGUUGGAGGGGAGUCCAUUUAUUCUGAUGAACAGAGUAAAUUUGUUUGUAACACCAAACAGCCUGGUUGCGAGAAUGUCUGCUAUGAUGCAUUUGCACCUCUUUCCCAUGUGAGAUUCUGGGUUUUCCAGAUCAUCAUGAUAUCGACUCCGUCUGUGAUGUACCUGGGUUAUGCUAUCCAUAGAAUCGCCAGAUCCACUGAAGAAGAAAAAAGGAACAAAUUCUUCAAAAAGAAGAAAAUACCAACCAUACGGUGGCAAGUCCACCGAAAUUCAGAACAUACGGAGGAUGAAGAUGAGGAAGAGCCCAUGAUCUACGAAGAAACAGAAAGUGAGAAAAAAGAGGCUCGAAAUGAUCAAAAACAUGAUGGGAGACGACGUAUCUUGCAAGAAGGUUUGAUGAAAAUGUAUGUUUUCCAGUUAAUUUUCAGGGCAAUGUUUGAGGUAGGUUUCUUAAUGGGACAAUACUUAUUGUAUGGAUUUGAAGUUAAUCCAUCGUAUGUCUGCACUAGAAAUCCUUGCCCUCAUACAGUGGACUGUUUUGUCUCCAGACCUACAGAGAAGACAGUCUUCCUCAUUGUAAUGUAUGUUGUCAGUUGUCUUUGUUUGAUUCUUAAUAUCUGUGAAAUGUUUCAUCUGGGCUUUGGAACCAUUAGAGAUGUCAUUCGUAGCAAGCGGCGGAGCCAGAACAACAAUCGACCUUUUCCUUACCACUAUCCUCGGAACAUUCCAUCAUCGCCACCAGGGUACAAUCUGGUAGUCAAAUCGGACAAGUCCACCAAGGUUCCCAAUGGUCUUGUGGCUCAGGAACGUUUAACUAAUGUAGUUCGAGAUCAUCAGUCCACUAGUCCAGAUGAUAAUAUCCCACCUGACUUGGCCAGGCUCCACAAACACCUGAAAGUUGCCCAGGAACAGUUGGACAUUGCCUUUCAGGGUUAUAACAUGCAAGAAAAUGCACAGAAGUCCAGGACCAGCAGCCCAGCAUCAGGAGGUACUGUAGCAGAGCAGAAUCGUGUCAAUGCUGCCCAUGAGAAACAAGGAGCUAAGCCUAAACCUAGUUCAGAAAAAGACAGCUCCAGCAGCAAAUCUGGAGAUGGAAAAACAUCUGUUUGGAUUUAACUUGUUUUAUAUUCAAUUACGUUUACAGAAAGUCCAUUUAUAACAAAAUGGUGAUAGCUACUUACUGCAUAUUUUACAACAAUCUGCUGUCUAUUACAUAACCAUUAUAACUGUAUGGUUCUUUGGUUUACAGGGCUAUACAUUUCAAUGUUUUCGGCAUAAGAUUUUUCACAGCAGGACUAAUCACUCAUUAAUUACUCAUGUGCCUGAUUUCCUAAUUAUUAAAAUCAACAAAGGACCCAGAUAUUCGGCACAUUUAUCUGCAUACCAGUUCUCUGAACUGUAAAAUAAAAUGUGCUAUUAGAUUCAAAGUGUUUUUCCUUCCAAAAUGUUUUGAAUCUGCUUCAGCUCAAUGUCAAACUAUAGUAGCAAUUGUGGGUUAUUGUACUAAUAUGUUUCUGUACUGACAGAUAACAGUUGUCUUUACUUGCCUUGUGCCUACUUUGCAAAGAAAAAUGAUUAUUCAAGUUAGUUUUAUUUUAUAGUAAAUAUUCCACAUUAUGGUCAUGGGAAGUAGACUUGAAAACACAAUUUCUCUAAAUUACAAGUUUAAAAAUGGAAAUAUGCAUAUUGAUAUCUUUUAAAAGCGUGGUUCUUUUUAACCAUAUUUUAUUGUUCCUUCCAUGCGACAAAAACUGUCUCCUCAAUCUUUUAUGCCCUCUUCAAGAUCUAAAAGUUGAAAUUUUCUUGACAUAUUUUCUUGACUUAAAUUCCUUCUAUUUAUAUAUUUAUUUGUUGUCUGAAUUAUUUCAAUUUGAAUCCAGUUUUGGUGAUUUUGUUUAAAAAAAACUAAGGUUACAAAAAUUGUAAAUUUUUUAUGAGAGAUGUUGACCAGUGGAAAGGAAAGAAAUUUGUCAUUUUUUGAGGUAUAUCACUUUUACAAUUAAGAAGCUGGGAGGUGAGUAGUUAAUGCCUUUUCAAAGUAAAAGAUAGGCAGAUUCUGGUUAAAAUCUCCAGGGAUGUUGCCAUUAUCUUAAAACGCUAUUGUACAAUUUUCAUAAAAUUAUUUUGGUUAGUAGAAUGUAUUGGCCUUCAUACCAUUGCAUCUAUUGAAGACUGAUUGGUAUGACUGCAUUCAAAAGUAUAUUGUGACUUCAGCUAAGAGUCACAAUAUAAUAUAAACUGCAAUGACAGCUUGUCAAUGAUUAUUCUACCAACUUCCAGCAAAGAGAAAUAAUCCUGAAACAUUUGGUAUUUAUUCUGGAAGUUCUGAUAGCCUGUUUGGCAAAAUUUGUUAGAUAAAAGAGAUAAAACGUUUGAAAUAUCACACAGUUUAAUCAUAGAAAAUGUUCGCACAGAAGAGUGCACUUGUACAAUAAAAGAGCUAUUUACUUAAAUCCACAUCCAAUACUGCUCUGUUUACUCAUUCUCAGAAAUAGGUGAUAGGGCCAACACUUAAUGCCCAUUACCUGAUAGUCUUCAAAAGCCCUCUUGAACAGCUACAGAUUUUCUAGAGAAUGUACUAUAGCCAGGGAUCACCAGAAUUUUGACCCAACAAGAGUUGUGAUAUACUUUCAAGUCAGUAAGCUGUUUGACUUAGAGGGAAUCUUUAGGUGGUGGCAUUGCCAUUUGCUUGCUGCCAUUUUCUAUUUUGAUUAUGGUAAUUGUUAGUUUGGUAGGUGAAUUGAAGAAGUCUUAGCAGGAUAAUGCAUUUUGUAUUUGUUCUAUACUGCAGCCACAGUCUACUAUCAAUAAAGGAAAUAUUUGGGGACCACAAAGUGAUUUACUUUUCAUAGGAUACUCAACCUCUAAUCAGCUCUUGUUCCCACAAUAUUUACGUGGCUGUUAAAGUUUCUGAUACAUGUAUACUAAGAUGUUUAUGAGGUAUUUGAUAAUAGUAUUGGCAUUGAAUUUGAAAGGUGGAGCAGGUGAUUAGAUUAUCUUAUUAUUUGUCAAAAUUUAUAACAUUUGCUUUCUUUUCUUUGAUUAUAUCUUAUCAUUUGUAACCCAAUAUUACUAUUUAUACCCUCAUCCUCUGUAGACUGGGGAAAUAAGCUGAAUUGUAAAAGGAAGUUAUACGUACAACAAAUAAAUGGAAGCAAAAAAGCUGUACAUUUAAUUUCUGGCAAUAGUAAUUUGAACCAAUUGUAAGAUUCAUAGCUUUUAUUUAAUGCUGCUUUAUUGGUGAUAUGGAUUGUCAGCUUCUGAAAGUUACUUAUGCAUUUGUUUCAUUUAAAUUAUACCUGUUUUAAUAACAAUGUCAUCUAUGUUUCAUAGAAUUUUUUUGUUGAAAAUUCAUUCCAAAUGACAUUAACUACAAAUGUGGGUUAUUUAUGUUGCCAGUUUUGUGUUAGCUAUUUCAGUAUAAUAUCCAAGUUUAUGGUAGUCAACAAAAGAAACAAUUGUUCAGUGUCAUAAAGAACAUGUGCAAUCAUGUAAUACACAGAUAAUGAUGUUUUGUUAGCAGUAAGCCACAAUGGAUGCCACUCUGUGCCUGUAAAUAAAAUAUUAGGUUAAUUUU